AGGCUACCCUGCCGAAGUCCCUCAUGAGGGGAUGAGAUGGGUUUGCCAACUUCUACUUCUUCUACUCGUUUUCCUUCAAGAAAAUCAGAACGGAACCACAUCCCACAAUAAUGAAGGUUUUUUCCCAAUCCACAAGCAAUUUUGUUUGUUCAAGAAUGGAGAGACUCCCGUUAGGGAAGAUGAAGGUUUCACCUUGUGGGACUAUCUUUUCACCUGGGUGUCUCAAUGCAACUGGAAAUUGGUCCUCUUUAUGGGUUUUUGGGGGAUUCUUUUGGAGAUAGUCCUCUUGGAAGUUUUCACAUCCUUUAUGACGAGGCCCGGACUUCAACCGCAAGGCCAACUGACAGCUUUUCACUGGGUGGGUGAAGAAGUUCCCGAGACAUCCCCAAGAAAAGUUUCAGGGUCCAAACCUCGGAAACGUUCGAGAAGCAGAAGCUUCAGACAUUUUGGAACCAUUUCGGAGAAUGACGACGUACCCUGUUACACAGAAUACUCCUACCAAGACAUCACUCCAGCCUUACCUGGAAGAGGGGAAUCCGUAGAUAGAAGCAGCACCAUUCCAGCUUCAUCUGGAAGAAGAGACUCUAUGGAUAGAGGCAAUAUCAUUCCAAUCUCACCCAGAAGAGACUCUACAGACAGAGGCAAUAUCUUCCCAGCUUCACCUGGAAGAAGAGACUCUGCAGAUAGAAGCAACACCAUUCCAGCUUCGCUUGGAAGAAGGGAAUCUGCAGAGAGCUCCAAUUUCUUUCCAGUUCCACCUGUGAGGAGGUGGUCACUGGCUAGAGGCAACAUCGCCACAACAUCCCUGGCAAGAAGGGAUUCAAUGGGUUGUCAGUUCAAUUAUCCUUUUUCCAGUGGGGCUCCGAGGACUUCCUCCAUGUUCCAUUCGGAACUCCGGGAACACCCUCCUUGCCAGAGGCAUUUAGCCCCACGUGAAUGUGAAAUUAUUCCAUUUUCACAAAGAAAGACAACGUCAAUUCUCAAAACACCAAACCCCAAAAAACAUAGGAAUGUUCGGUUUUCUUCCACUUGCCCAUAUACCUGCGUGAGGAGCAGAACACCGGCUUCGGAAAACCGAGAGGGAACUUACUUCCUAUGUCCUCCUGCCCUUUUACGUUUUCCCAAUAACCGAGUUCAGCUUCUGGGAGAGAAUAUUAAACGUCAGAUUUUACCCAAACUCCCUGUUUCGUUGAAGAAAAGAGUUGUGCUUCAACAGUUAAAACCCGAUUUGCAGCGCGAAAUGCCUCUGAGCGGAGCGGAAAACUGUAGUUACAGCAAAGCUGAGGAGACACCUUUAAUUGUUGAGAAUUCUUCCGGGGAGAAAAAGGAAAAGCCUUCUGAUGGCAAAACAGAGGAAACCCUCUCAAAAGCUGAGAAAUCUUCCAGUGAGGGGAAAGAACCCAAAGGCUUGGCUCGCAAGGACCAAGAGUCACCGCAAAGCUCCUCUCUGGAUAAAAAUCAGCCACCACCUUCCGGUGACAAACAGAAAAAUAAUAUCCUAGAACCAGCGACCCGCAAGCCAAUCCUGAAGUCCGCGUCACCUAAAAUGACAAAGCGGAAAGUAAAAGAUGAUCCCCAAGUGAAAAGCACAGAGAAUUCAGCUUUAUCUAGUGAACAACGCCUGGGGAAGGUGGUGAUUUCUCAAGGGAAUUGGGAAAUUACCACAGAAGCAGAAACGUCUCCGCCAAAGGAUCUGUCCCCUGCUCCACAGGGCCAAACGAUGCUUUCUACUGACAAGGUAAGAGAAAUGCAAGUCUCUACAUCAAUCAAGGAGAAAAACCUGAAGGUGACGUGUUCCCUGAAGAUGCAUGAAAGAAAGUCUGAAGCUGUACACUUAAGAUCAACCCAAUUUCCAAAGACACGCAAUCCCCAGAAUCCUACCCCUGAGAGCCAAAACGACCUCAAUAUGCACACUGGGGAAAAAACCCUAGAAACAAGGCAGGGUUUGAAGCCUGAAACAGUCAAUCAAUCUCACCAGAAAGUCCAUUCUUUCCAGAAACAGCCAGUUCCAGAAGAGGAAGGCACGUCUAAGGAUCAUACGUCUGCCAAGGGCGGAAAUCAGAAUUUUAGAUCCAAGGAAGAGAUGCAGCCUUCAGAGCUGAAUUUACAACACGAGCAUCCCACCUCCCUCUUGAGCUAUCCUACCACCAUUUUAAAACCCCUUCAAGAAGUCACUUCACAGGUUCCGGCUUCCUCCCAAGGCUCCGAUCCCGGGGCAGCCGAGGGAGCGAAAGCCAAAGCCAGCCAAACCGAAACGGUGUCUGCUCCAAAAAAAGUCAGAGAGACAUUAGAAUCGCAAGGCAGCGAAAAACAAACGCCUCGCCGAUCGGGUUUGUCAACCCAGGCCCUGCACUCGAGCCGGACCCACAGGCCCGGUUCUCUGGGAUUCAGAGAAAGGCAUGAUAAGAAGAAAGCAGACAAAGGGUUACAAAGCACGGUCAGUUCAGUUUUCCCAGAUGGCAAAACUGAAAAGGGCCUGGAAUGCCGCCCGAGAAAGAGGACGACUCCUGAGAAACAAGGAAUUGUAAAACAAGAAGGAGAAACUCCAAGCAAAUCCCCAUCCCCAUCCUCAGAGUCGGGUCCUGUCACAGGCAAGGAAACAGUGAUUGUCAAAAAAUUAGACAUCACGCAUCACCGCACUACCCAGAAGCACUCUGUGGCCAUCAAAAUGCAUUUACUAUUAAAUCCCAACUCUUCGGUGACUCAUACUGAGACCAGGGAGAUUCCACAAGCUUGUGCUCUCCGCAAACUUUCCCCCGAAGAGCUGAACAAGCUCACUAUGUCCCUGGGAGUGAAAACGCUAGAAAUGAAAAGGAAAACAAUUCCCGAAACAGUAUGGGAAUCUUUCAAAACAGUGUACGGCUGCGGCAGAAAGGAGACUCAGCCCUCAGAGAUUCGGCUCAAGAGUCAAGUCUCAAAAUCAAGCGAUCAGUCCUGGCCAUCGAUGGAGGAGAAGAUGGAGAAGGCUCUCCAUCCAGAAGACCUCGAUAUAAAACACAAACGCCUGUUGGAGAGUCCCGUUGAAAAUUUGCUCUCCCCGGUGACUCAAGAGCUUGAAAUUAACAACACCCAAGAAACUAGAGGUGAGGGGAAAGCUGAAACUUCGGUUUUUCCUCUCGACGCAAGGGAACAGUUAGAACAACGUAUCUAUGAAAUUCCACCAUCAAUGCAAGCGUUAAUAAAGACUCUUAUUGCUCCCGAUUUUCACUCUGAGUUCCCUUUAAUGUCGACAGAGUCCUCGAGAUCCGAACAACCGGAAACAUCUUCCACAAUGAGUGCCGAAACUGUUCCGCCUCAUGACGUAAUCUCUAAUACGACCGAUUCCCCUCCUCUGCCCGAAAAAUCCCCACCUCUUCCAAAGAAGAAAGAAAAGAAUUUGAAAGUCCAUUUCCAGAUGUCGGAGCUGGAAGAGAGGGACUUAAAUCAGAAAGAGAAAACCAUUCCACACGUUCAGGAGAGGGAACAGGAAAAUACUCAGAAGUCCGUUCCCUUACAAAAAUCUCCACCUCCUUCUGAGGAGGUAUCGGACAAAUCUGAAAUGUCCGUCGAGAAGUCAGGAGUGGAGUGUGAGUGCUAUGAAUUACAGAGAUAUGAGUCCUUUCCAGUAUAUGCUGAUCUCCAUAGGUGUCCGUGUGAAAUGGAUCUCAGAACCCACUCUGGAUUUCAAAGAUGUAGGAUGACAGAAAAACCGUCUCCUACCGAAAAAGCGGGGACCACGCCAAACCCAGAUUCGGUACCAACACAUCCGGGUCGCCGACAUAUCCGAGGCUGCGAGAGGCACAGCCUCUGUGCCGUCUCACCCUCCAACAACCCCCACCAAACCAGGAAAAUGAAAUCCCCAAUCCACAAAAGCCAGUCCCAUCAUCGAGCAUCUGAUCGGUCAGUGAGGAGUUCAGAUGGGUCAACCGGGCCCCAUUCAGUAUUUUCUCCAAAAACAGAUAGGGGAGCGAGCCAGCCUCCGUUACCUGAGUCGACCGACGAACCCCUAGAUGAAAAGCAAGGACAGUUUCCUUCACCUCCAAGAAACCAAAAGAAAAAGAAACCUCCAGCUCAGUUACCUGGGAAGAGCAACAAAUAUCUGGACUAUAUGUGCAAUUAUGAGGAGGUUGCCGAGAUGCAGAGGAGGAGGAGGAAGAAGAAAGAGGUGAACGCCAAACUGGACACACCGGAGGUCUCUCGAUCGAGGGAACCCGAAUCGGCAGCAGCGAUCCAGCAAGAAGAUGCUAAUUUCAUUUCCCGGUUCACACUCAAAAAGCCCUUUUUUUACAUCUGCACACCAGCGGGUUCACCGGGUGCCAGACACAAUACCAUUCGCUGGAACAUCCCUCGAAGUAUCUUGAGUCAGAGCGGAUUCCGUACACCUUUAAUCGCCAGGUUUUCAGAUUCCUGGAACAUGUGGAGGUCCCCUAAGAAGUUAACGAAGUCAUUGUCCGCAUCCUUUGGUUCAGAUUCACCCUGCCAUCAGUGACGAUAUUCCGAGAGCCUCUCUAGACUAAGCUGCAGGUUAGGAUCCGGGAGAUGAGCGAAAUAGCAGAGAUGAAAAAGCAGCAGCCAUCUGUCAACUCAGUCAAGCAAUAAACUGGAGUAAGAUCCAGCUCUU